AGUGCUAACAACAUUUUCAGCCAUGACUCUCUCAUCAGAUGGAUUAAGGCUAUCAAUGGAAGGGAAACUUUGGGGAUUUUGUUUGACCACAGCCAUUCUGCUCUGUGGCAUUGGCUGCCAAUACAAUUCAAGUGAACAUCGUCAUACAGUACUGAUAGUGGACGAUGACACAUAUUCAGGAGUCAUUAGGAAUGGGAAAGGUUGUGCAUCUCAGACUAACUGUUCAGAUUGGAUAGGGAAUUGUACCUUACAGAAGGAAAUCCUGUGGUUCUGCAUCAUAUCCACUGGAGAGAACACAACAACAUCAGAACAAUGUCAUCCAGGAUUCCCCAACUGUACAUUUGAAGUGAGGAAAGAUGAACAUUCACACAUCAUAACUCUGAGUAAAGAUGUUGUCAACAAGAAAGAGCUCAACUUGUGGUUUCUACUGAGAAAGAACAUCACGUGUAAUCCAUCACAGUUCUAUCAAAAUACCACAGGGUCUGUUCAUUUGACUGUAAUGCCUGCCUGUAUAAAUGGAGGUAAUCAGACUACUCUGGUGAAGCCAGAAACCCUUUGUGGAAAGAAUUCAACCUAUGAUGCAGAUGCUUGCAGAAAUAAGACCCCAGAUACAUUCAUUCUUAAGAUCACUGCGAAGGUACCAAAUAGUUGUCUAACAUGUGACAACCCUGUUAAGAAGCCGGAUACAAACAUAGUUUUACCCGACUUCCAACAGGAAAGCUCAAGUGGGGUCAUAAGUGCUGAUUUGGCAUCUGAGGCUAUGAAAAAUCUCUCCUUUUUGACUGAGCGGAUUGGAAAUUUCAGCACUGCAACCAUUUCAAUGGGCAAGGUUAAAGGAUUCCUUAGUAGACUUCAUAAAGAAGACCCCAAAGAUAUCAACUUUGGCUUUUCCCCUAACAAGAAUCUGAGGAUUGUUGAAGACAGGUAUGCUCUGAAGAAAGAUUUCAAUCAAUCUGUGCGUGUGUCCAAAGAAGCCUAUGACAUGGCACUCAAUAAGAGCGGAACUUUUGUCGGGAUUCUUGUCUUUCCCAGCAUGUCCCAGGAUGAAAAGAAGAGCAUUGUUCUAAAUGGUGAGGUAGUUGGAAUAGACAUGGGAGUCCACAUAGCUAAUCUCUCAGACACCAUUGAUAUUGAGUACAGAAAUAUUGACAAGGUGGGAUUCAAUGUCUUUUGCAAUUCUUGGAAUGGCAAAGGAAAACUACCCAAUUGGACCACAGAUGGAUGUCAAACCUUGGAGAGCAACAAUAGCAUAACGUGCCAAUGCACUCAUUUAUCAUUUUUUGCUAUACUAAUGUCACCUCCACCAAAGAACAUCAGUGCCUCAGAUGUGGCAUCUCUAACCUACAUUAGCUACAUCGGCUGUGGAUUUUCUAUGUUCUUCUUGGGAAUAGCUCUCUUCAAGCAGUUUGUGAUAAGCAAAACCAAAUCUAGCCAAGCCACCAAGAUCCUUGUCAACCUCUUCUUGGCUAUGUUGUUCCUGAACCUGACCUUUCUGACCAACGAGACCAUUGCAGCCAUGGGGAGCUAUGUUGCAUGUGUCAUCAUAGCAGCAGUCAUGCACUACUCCAUGUUGUCCACCUUCACCUGGUUCCUCAUUGAGGCAGUCCACUUGUUCCUGCAGCUGAAGAAACUCAACGCUAACAUCAAACAUUAUAUGCUGAAGGUUUACGUUGUGGGAUGGGUCCUUCCAGCUCUAGUGGUCAUCGUCCUUCUGGGACUGGAAAAAUAUAAAUUAAUGUCCAUAAAAACAGAUGAUGGGAAUUCAGUGAAAAUGUGCUGGAUCACUGACAUCUACAUCCAUUAUGGAGUCAACAUCGGCUAUUACGCCUGGGUGUUUGUCUGGACUUUGACCAUCUUCAUCAUUGUAGUGAGACGGAUCUUUUUCCUGAGGAAGACCAAGGCAGGCGAGGGCCAGAACGACCCAGCGUCCAAGAACACCCUGACCAUCCUGGGGCUGCUCUUCCUGCUGGGCCUCACCUGGGGCUUUGCCUUCUUCAGCUUCGGACCCAUGGUCAUCCCAUCCUACUACAUCUUUAGCAUACUCAACUCCUUCCAAGGCUUCUUCCUGUUCCUCUACUACUACAACACCAACAAGAUUGUUGGUGAUGACAGGAACUCUGUAUUCACCAACCAGAGCACCUCUACUUCUUCAAACAUCUAUGACGUCACUCCCAGUCUCAAUAAGUAGCUUAGAUCGGGGCCGUUGGUGUAUCUUACAACAUUAGGUUUAUAAUUGCAAUACACUGAGCACAACCAAUCAUGACAAAAUCAG